AUGGCACUCCCCCAUGCUUUCCCCAUUUACCCCACCAUUUUAGCAUGCACGAGUCGCCAAUACAGGUCCCCAGGAGUGCUCGGGUCCCGCACAUCUCCAACUUCCCUCUUCACCUCGCGUGCUUGUCCCAAAUGUCUCUUCGUUGUAGACGCCCUUCGGGUACCUCGCUGCAGCUCUGAAAAGCAACGUAGCUUCCUUCACCAAGACUUGCUAGUUGAGGCGGCUCCCUCUUGUCCACACCCUCAGCAACAACCCCAUCAACAGAGAGGAAGGAAUCCAUCCCUAGAUUGCCAGAUACAGAAAGACAUAUCGAGCCUUACUUGUCUCGGAAAAGGAUCAUCGUUGGACGGUGUUCUGGCCGGCCUGCAACUGAAUUCCAAUCCCAUUCCCUUUUCAUAG